ACCCAGUCCCGGGAUGAGACUUUGCGGUUAGAGAUUUGCAAUGUUGACAGUGCAUUCGUGACUAAAUAAUGCCAUCACUACGUGUCUAUGGUGAAGCUUAAACACGACUGUCAGAUUCUAAUGGUUAAGUGUGAAAAUAUUGGUCGGUUAGGGUCAUUAAACGCUAAGACGUCACGAAAAUAACUUGACAAUAUGAUUUGUGAGGCGUUUAUAAACGCCCAGUGCCAUCCCGCAUAAAUCGCCGGCUCACGUUUUGAAAAUAGUCGUUUUAAAAAUAUAUGUACCAGAAACCAGUUUCGAAAAGUCAGUUUUUUGGAUUUUGUGGAUUCGCCAAAUUGAUAUUUAUUCGAAAUUAUUUUUUACUGUUGACGUCAUUCAUUCACACCAUAUGGACCGGGAUGGUAAGCGUUUGAAAUAUUCAAAUAUGCCAGCGUCGAGCCUAUCAUAGUACGCGUUAUCUGAUUGGCGGUUGCGUUACCACGUGAGCAUUAAGUGGUCACCGACAGGGAGUAUGUUUUGCUAACUUUCUAAUUCCGAGUCACCAUAGUCAAAGUUAACUCGCCAAUUGCAAAAAUCGCUCCUGUUGUUUACGGAUUCCAGAGUUCUUGACACAAAUUUCACCCUGUGCGUAGAAUGGACGGGGGACUUGAACUUGGCUUUAUCAAUACUCAGCCGUGUAUGGCGGAGUUUCUGACAAGUGUGGGUCGUAAUAUCAAUGAGUCGACGUACUGCUCGCAAUCAAUCACGCACAAUUCGACAUCUGCAACCGACAAGAACUCUGUGAACAUCUCGUCAUGUGCCCAGACGACUUGCUCAGCUCCGGAACUCCAGCACACGCUCCAAACCAAAAGCAACCAUGUUCCAUCCGUCAAGUUGCCGGAAUACCCUUGGGUAGAGGAACCUUGCUCAAAGACAGACGAGGAAGGCGACGACAAAAGCGUUAACGGCAAAGAAGCGGGGCAUCAUCGGCGAGUACGGACGGCCUUCACAAACACUCAACUCUUGGAGCUCGAGAAAGAGUUCCACUACAACAAGUAUCUGUGCCGGCCUCGUCGAAUUGAGAUCGCUUCCAUGCUCGACUUGUCGGAGAGACAAGUGAAAGUUUGGUUUCAAAACCGUAGAAUGAAACACAAGAGACAGAUCAUGAAAGCUGCGGUCUCAGGGAGCCCGAUUCCGAAUAACGAGACUCAGAAUUCGAUGGUUAGUGCGACUAGCAGUCCUUCUGGGUCAGAUCAGGGUAAACAGGGAGUUAAUGGCAAUGUGAAUGGACUGUCCCCUUCACCUGACAGCCGAUCGACCCCGUGUGUCACCAGUAACGACGAUGGUAAGCAAAGGGAGCCCUAUCUAUUCACUUCUAAUGUGUGUUGUGCUAAUACCGUCUCUCCGACUAGCCCAUCACUCAACUUCGCGUCGUCAGCUGCACCCAUUCACAGAAACCCUGAGACGUACACCAGUUUUAACUACCAGCCUGCCAACAACAACUGUGUCAUCGUUAGCGCUCCACACACAGACGGUUACCUCGGGCGAGACUCGCACGGAAACGUGGGCAAUAUGGCCGCAGCAGAAUACGACACUAGCUCGCCGACUUUUAGAAACGUUCCAGGCUAUGGGCAUCAGCGAUCUGCUACCGACAACAGGACUACAUUCUCUGGGAACGGUCGUUUAGUAAUAUCAAGUAACCAUGGUGACGACGACCACUCCCCUUCUAGUCUUUUUACUUACAACAGUUACAGAGCUGCUAGUAAUCACCAUCCGUACUAUGUCGGAAAUGCUGUUCAAUUUUAAUUUGGAACCUUUUUUUUUUAGAUAUUCGAGUUCUUCAAUUGUUUUGGUUUCUGCUGUUUCUUUGACCAAAACAUUCAUACGGCUAUCAGGGUACGUUUAGAAACCGUAUACAUGUCGUUUGUUUAUACCGAAGUUCUGUACAAUGAGUCAGUGUCGUGCAUGGCGACAACUACCCUCCGUUAAAACGCGGUUUUUAAGGAAAAAUGGCCGACAUGCAGACACUGUUUUCGAAGUUUUCAUGGCAACAAGAACAAAAGUUCGUAUACUGGGUUAGUCCACCGAUUUGCACAGGGUAUUUUAAGAGCUAUAUAGUUAUAAUUUCAAUUUAUUUUUAUUCAUCAAAUUUCAAUUAAUUUAUUGACGUCAGUAGAAAAUGUAAAACUUUUUUUUUGAAAACUUAAUGCAAUAAAUUGUCAAAAAUUGAAUCUAUGCCCAGUACUAUUGAUAUUUUUGGUUACUUGAAAUGUUGCUAUCGUCUUUAAUUUUGUAUAUAGAUAUAGUUGGCCUAAUUAUGUCAUUGUCGUCUUAAUGUGUUUGAUGACCUAGAAACUUAGGUACUCAACAACUGAAUACCAGCACAAAGAGAAUGAACGAUUUUGUGCUUUAUUAAAAAAAAGUGAACGACGUUUGUAGCCUGAUUUAAACUUUAAACUGUCUAUAUGCUGCUGUUUUUGUAUGGCAAUGUAACAAUCGUAGAAUCACGUUAUUGAGAGCGUUAAUAUAUGAUUGAGUAUGUUUUUAUUUUUUCAUAAUUCAGGCCCUGAUAUUGUUCAGUGUUAAUAUGUCAUUAAUUCAUACGAUUUGGUUUUAUAAACAAGGAAAUUCGUUGCCCGUGAUGUUGGAUGGUUUUAGCCCACGUUGCAUCAAUAUGGAGGCUGUAAUGGCGGUUAGUAUCCGCCGAGAACAAGAACCGAUAGAGUGUGUUUGUGUGUCGCUUUCUAGAUUUUACAACGUGAAUGAGGUGAUUAAUCACCUAUAACCAUGGCAACGUAGUGUUUUUAGUCAAAUGUUCGUCGAAUUGUGUGUAUCUUCAGUUUCAGUGUCAACGGUGAGGUCCCGCGUUGGGGGUUUCACAGUUCUGUUUGUAACUGACAAAUAUAGUCUUGGAAGGCAACGAAUUCAAAUUACGGCGCGUACUUUUAAUAUACAUGCUAUAACUCGUUUAUAACUGAGCAACCCGGUUAUUUAUUCAACUGGUUUCCGGGUGUGGACAUUUAUUGCGUUAUCAACUCGACUGUCUAGCGAGCUGAAAAAAA